AUGGCUGUUGACGGCUCCGCACCUGCGUCGCCCAUUCCCAUCCCGGAGCUGACCAAGAUCACCUCUGAGGCUUGCGAUGCGGCGUUGAAGAACACUACCGAAUACGAGCAUGCCAAUGUCGGCGAAUGGAACUCCCAGAUCAUUAACACCGUUCUCAAGGCUCUUAUCGCCGCUACUGCCCCCUCCGACUCCUCCACCCCGGCUCCCUACCGCUUCACCGUGAACAGCACGAUCGUGCAACAGGGCGUGAUCGACAAGUCCGCUGCUGCCGAGGGCGCACAGAACAACGCUGGCAAGCGCGGGAUGCACUCCGCGUCCGGCGCUUUCUGGGACGUUAACCGUGAUGGUAUGUGGACCUUCAAGUACCCCGGUGCUGAGGAGCGGGGACUCGAUGUUGUGGUCAGUGUGACUUGGUUUGCGGUUGUUUAA